UGAAAACUACCAACUCCUCCCUCGUGCCUACAAAAGGCCCCCCGCUGGUAUUCGGUUUUCUUGCAUCCCCUUUCCCAAACUAAGGGUUCUUCUUGUUUCUUUUUUCUCGGUACAAGCCCCCAGUAAGGAUUCUUCGAUAGCUCUCUUUUGGUUAGAGUUUGUAUUGCUAUGGAUCACCCGACAAAGGAGCAGAUCUCUGAGUUCCAGGAAGCCUUCAGCCUCUUUGACAAGGAUGGAGAUGGGUGCAUCACAUUGGAAGAACUUGAGACCGUCAUCAAAUCAUUGGGCCAGAACCCAACUGAAGAUGAGCUGCAUGAAAUGAUUAAAGAAAUCGAUGCAGAUGGCAAUGGAACCAUAGAAUUUGGAGAAUUUUUGAGUCUAAUGGCAAGAAAAAUGAAGGAGACUGAUGCAGAGGAGGAAAUCAAAGAAGCUUUCAAGGUCUUUGACAAGGAUCAAAAUGGAUAUAUCUCAGCCAGUGAGCUAAAGAAUGUGAUGAUUAGCCUCGGGGAGAAAUUGACUGAUGAAGAGGUUGAUCAAAUGAUUAAGGAGGCAGAUUUGGAUGGUGAUGGACAAGUGAACUACGAGGAAUUUGUGCGAAUGAUGAUGGCCACCUAAUUUAUAAUUUAGAUGAAGAAGAUGUUGCGUCUAAAUUUCAUAUCUUUGUUUAAAUGAAUAACAAUUCUUUACACUUUAUUGGCCUUUUUCUAUAACCAAUCAUAAAUGUCGACAAUUUUUUCCUCUUCCCACUUUAUCUACAUAUUUGAUCAAAUUACCUACCAGUACAAACGAUGAUUUGCCUAAUUCUAUCAAAAACAAUGCAUGCUCUUGUUCCAUAUAUGCAUAUUGUGAUAGAGAUGAUAUAAGGGGAAAAGAUAUCUGUCAAAAAACAGAGGAAACCGACUACAUCAACUAUUACAGCAGUCAUGCUUGAUGAUUUUUAAGUCCCAUGAUUCCACGAAAUUUCUAUAAAAUAACUCCCUCGUAGGUAUUUGAUACUUGUUAGAAUGAUGCAUAUUCCUUGGAUAUCCUGGUUGAA